UCGUAGAAUACUAAACCCUUAAGGGUUGAUGAAAGUGCAACGUAUAAUAAACCCUUUUUUCGUUUUUGAAAAUUUUCAUAAACCCUUAAAGGGUUUAUGUUUAUAAGCUAAAAUUCAAAGAUACCCUUUACUACGUUUGAAAUGCUUUCAAAGCUCUUAUUCUUACUAGGCACCAAGAUCUUCGAAGUGAUAUUCGACGAAUAAGAAAGAAUUCAUCGAUUUUGCAUCUAGAGGCUAAAAAUAUAUUAAAUAACUCAGUUUCUUUUGCAGCACAAUCUUCAAAUCAAGAUACUGCAUUGAACGCUCCAGUCGAAAGAAAAUCGAGAUUUGAAGAAAAUAACUUGUCUGGUUUGCCACCAUACGAUAAAACGCGCAAAUCCUCUCUCGAUCGUAGACCAAUGCAACCCAAUCACGUUGGAAGAUCAAACCAGUCAGAUGGUGAAGAGAGCACAACGAAGAUUCAUCUUAAUGAUAUAUAUCUAUCACCACCAACACUGAUUCCUCGUAAAAUACGUGCGUGCCAAGUAUGUUACGAAGAGAAACUGAUAUCAAUGUAUCGUGAACCUCUCCAUCAACGAUGUACACAUCAUGAGUGCAAUAUUUGCAAUGACUGUGUAUACAACUACGUUAGACAAACGUUGGGAACCAUGCUCGAGGAACAAGUCAAUUGCCCAGAACUGAACUGUCGCGCCGUUCUCAAUUUCGAUUCGAUAAAGCAGAUUCUUGGAAAUACUCGAGGCAAGAAACUCUUCGAACGCUACGAUAGAUUCUUUACUGAACGUGCACUAGAGCGCAUGCCUGAUUUUGUUUGGUGCGCUCAUGGAUGUGGUUCAGGACAAUUAGCUGCUAGCGGAGUACAAAAUAAUAUUAUCUCCUGCAUAAAAUGUAAAAUGAAGACAUGCUUCGUUCAUAAAACAAAAUGGCACGAAGGUCUUACGUGUGCACAGUAUGACAAUCAGACUGCAAAGACUAUUCGAGAUUCAGAAAAAUGGCUAGUACAAAAUACUAAGAAAUGUCCUUCUUGCAAGUCUCCAAUUGAAAAAGCGGCCGGCUGUGAUCAUAUGACUUGUCGAAAAUGUAAUUAUGAGUUUUGCUGGGCAUGCUUAGCAGACUUUGACAGAAUUCGGAAUCAUGGUAAUCAGUAUCAUCACUCCCGAUGUAAACAUUAUGCUUCGCCUGGUGAAUAA